AUGUCCUCCGGGCACACUCCUGCGCCAACGACCACGUCAUCGUCUAGCUUUGUACCGGCUAAAUCAUGGUUGCACUUCGUAGCAGGAGGGCUGGGUGGGAUGUGCGGCGCUAUUGUGACGAGCCCGUUUGAUGUCGUCAAGACGCGUCUGCAAUCCGACCUGUUCAGGCAAAAACACGUCUCAGUUGCUGGGAUGGGUGAGGGCGCGGUUGUCCUCGGCGGCAGGCCAGGAGGGCUGUUAUACAACUUUGUGGAGACGGGUUAUAUCAUUCGUGAUAUCGCACGAGAUGAAGGACCGCGAGCGCUGUUCAGGGGACUGAGUGCAACACUCGUCGGCGUCAUCCCAGCUCGAUCCAUCAACUUCUUCGCCUACGGCAAUGGCAAACAACUCAUCGCGCACCACUUCAACAACGGCCAAGAAAACACCUACGUACAUCUGUCCGCCGCCGCAAUAGCCGGUAUCAUCACUGGCUCCGUGACGAAUCCCAUCUGGGUCGUCAAGACGCGUCUACAGCUUGCAGAGCGUUCGGGCGAGCAGCACGCGGCGACAGGAAUGAUCCGUAAAAUCUUCGUCGAAGAGGGUGUCCGAGGGUUCUACAAGGGCCUUAGUGCAAGUUAUCUGGGCGUGACGGAGGGCACGAUCCAAUGGGUGCUGUACGAGCGCUUAAAACGCCUUACGCAGAAUGCCGAGAAGGGGUCGGCGACGGAGUGGGCUGGUAUGCUCGGUAGCGCAGGCACGGCGAAGUGCGUUGCGAGCCUUAUCACCUACCCGCACGAAGUACUGCGCACACGACUACGGCAACCGCUGGUCGACGGCAAAGUCAAAUACACUGGCUUGAUACAGACGUUCAAGCUUGUGCUUGCCGAGGAGGGCGCGCGGUCGAUGUAUGGUGGUCUGACCGCACAUCUUAUGCGCGUCGUGCCCAAUGCGGCAGUCAUGUACUCGAUCUACGAGGGUAUACUCCGCUGGGGCGCUGCAUCAUGA